AUGGGCCGGAUAGCUAAAUGGGGGACUCAGCUAGGUUCCUUUGAUGUACGAUAUAGGCCACGAAGUUCAGUGAAGGGACAAGUCCUUGCUGACUUUGUUGCGAAGUUCUUUCUUAAGAAUGAAAAGGAAAUGGUUUGUCAUGUGGAGAAUCGCCCAUUGAAGGUAUUUGUGGACGAUGCAUCAAGUGCCGUGGGCGCUAAUGCCAGGAUCGUCAUUGUUACUCUUGAGGGAAUACGGUUGGAGCAUUCUUUUAGGUUGAGGUUUAGAGCCUCUAAUAACGAGGCUGAGUACAAAGCCUUACUCGCCGGAUUAAGAGCCAUUAUGGGUAUAGGUGCCCGGGAUGUAGAGGUUUAUUUAGAUUCCCGGUUGGUUGUUAACCAAGUGCAGGGCAGUUUUGAAGCUCAGGAUUCCCGAAUGAAAGCAUACUUACAGGUGGUAAAGCAAAUUAUGAAUAAGUUUUGUACAACAAAGGUGGCCCAAGUAGCCCGGGCACAGAACAGACAUGCUGAUUCCCUGGCUACGUUGGCAUCAUUAAUGACAGAGGAGGUGUCUCGGUUAAUCAAGGUAAAGCUCAUAGAGGAGCCGAGCAUUGAUGUGGCAAUUGGUGUUGGUGCUGCUGGAGUUGAGAUUGCAGUGAUUUUCGCGACCGAACCAUGUUGGAUGGACUCGAUCAUCGACUUCUUAGCCAAGGAUGGAAUUCCAUAUGAUGAAAAGGAGGCUAACAGGGUUCGUCGAGUGGCUGCUUGGUACUGGUUGUCAACAGAUCGCAAAUUAUACCGGAGGUCUUUUAGGGGGCCAUACCUUUUGUGCUUGCGUCCCAAGAAAAUAAGUGAACUCUUGGCCAAGUUGCAUGAUGGAGUGUGUGGCAGUCAUGUAAAGGGACGCUCAUUGGCGCACCGAGCAAUGACUCAGGGAUUUUGGUGGCCACAAAUGCAAAAGGAUGCCGCCGAGUAUGUGCGUAAGUAUGAGCAGUGCCAAAAGCAUGUCCCCUUGAUCCAUCAGCCGGCAAGCCACCUGAAUCCGGUCAGCAACCCUUGGCUAUUCGCACAAUGGGGGCUGGAUAUUCUCUGCCCGUUUCCCUGGGUAACAAGAAAUCGAAGGUUUGUGUUAGUGGCUGUUGAUUACUUCACCAAGUAA